AUGCUUCGUUUCAGAAUCACAGCAAAUAAUUCUAAUACCAAAGAAGAAUGCUUCUCAACAUUCAUUAUUCCCAAAACAAACACGUCAGUGAUCAGUGAGAUUUCAGGAUUGAAGGCAACUACUGAAUAUCAUAUAACGAUCGUGGUCUGCGAGUCAGACGCUAAAUGCAGCUCUGCAUAUUCAACCAACGCAACUGCAACAACAAAUGGAAAAACCGAACCUGUGAAAUCUGCAUCUCUAUCGACCAACUGCUCUAUGCAAUGGAUUUGGAAACAUAAUAACCAACCAAAUAAUGUUACAAGUUUAGAAGUCACAAAAUACUGCCUGAUCAUUGCAACAAGAUCGAACGUAAAGUCUCCCCAUAUAAACUCAUUCAACAUAUCAAUGCCGCAAACAUUUACUCCGGUGCCAAACAGAAACUGCACAGUAUCAAUACAAGUUAUUGGAUGUGCCGGAUUGAGCGAGGCAGUGAAUGCAACUGGAUAUUGUGUUGGAAAAGCAGCAGCUCCGAAUGAAAUUGCGAAACCUGUGGUUUCUGAUGACGCCAUCGAUAGUAACGGGAUGCGCGAAGUAACCGUGACUAAACCUGAUGAAAGCAACGGUUUACUGAGCUGUUUAUUCAUCAUUGUAAAAGAUGGAUCAUCGGAACGGAAUAUCAAUUUUAGCAUGGAGAAUUUGAACAUGGCGCAGAGCUCAACCACUCAAUACAUCGCAGUAGCGCUUCCAGUUUACAAAUUUACUGGCGAUAAACAAGUUAACAAGCUUGGUGAUGGUUCGAAUUCUUCUUGUAACGUCACUCAAAUAAUCGAUUCUGUGUCCAAGAAAAGAAGACGACGGAGAAAUGUCGAAAAGAAUACAAAAUUCGUAGGACAAAAUCGUAAGCUUGACAAAGAAAAAUCUUACAGUGUGUUCAUCGUUGCAACAACGCCUUGUGGAAAUAAAAUUUGCAUAAAAACGAGUCCACCAACCCAAUUAAGCAAAACAAAUGGAUUUCAAUCUUGGAUAAUUGUAGUAAUUGUAGCCGGAGCUUGCUUGUUGAUAGCUGUGCUGAUUAUAGUUGUAGUAAUAAAUCGACGUAAAGCGAAAAGUGGCACAAGCGAAAUCGAUUCAAUGAACGAAGUUAUCCCAACAAUACCGGAUAACGCGGACUCAGCUUCGAAAUUUCAAAAUGAAGAAGCAACAACUGGCGGUUAUGCUGAAGUGGGUUUUACUGCAACAAACGAAAAUUCUCCAUCAACCUCAAAAUCAAGUUCAAUUAUACAAACUAAAGUGAACACACCGAUCGCACCAAAGACGCAAGUAAAUGCAGAGAAAGAUUUAGGUCCCUACGCCAAUGUAUCAGUAAACGUUCAUCCAAAAUCCUCCGAUACCUCUAUCAAUAUUUCUGAUUUGGAAGAAGUUUACAAUUCGAUGAGAAAAAAAGAAAACUCACAUUUUUUCGAUCAAUUUCAGAAAAUUCUUUCGGAAGCUGCCAAACUGGGAGGGCCAAAAAAGUUUGCUUCUAAUCCUGAAUUGAAGAAAAAGAACAGAUACAAGAAUAUUCUUCCAUUUGAUGAAACUAGAGUGAAAAUUUCACCCGAAGGUUCGGGUUAUAUCAACGCCUGUUAUAUUGAUGGUCACAACAAGCGACGUAAAUACAUUGCAACUCAGGGACCUCUUGCAACGACUGUCGAUGAUUUUUGGCAGAUGAUAAUCGAACAUAAAUGCUAUUUGAUCGUGAUGUUGACAAAGGAAAGAGAGGCUGAGAAGAAAAAAUGUGAAAAAUAUUGGCCCGAUGAGAACAAAAACCAGAAGUUUGGUUCCGUGCUAGUGGAAAAUGUACAUGAAGUCAACUACGGCUCGUUUAUAAAGCGAAGUUUUACUGUGAAGUCUCGUAAUAAGGGUCAUGAUGUCACAACCAAUGUACACCAGUAUCAAUUCUUGAAAUGGCCUGACCAUGGUGCACCGGCAACCACUUCAGAUUUAUUACGAAUGCAUCGGGCUGUGAUAAAAAGUUAUGAGAAAAUCGGAAAAGGUUCUCCAAUUGUAGUGCAUUGCAGCGCUGGUGCAGGACGAACAGGGACAUUGAUUGGUUUUGAUAUCCUGCUUGAUGAAAGCAAGUCUACAAGAUCCGUUGAUGCCUUUGCUUGCGUUCUCAACAUGAGAAAACAAAGAGUGGAAAUGGUGCAAAAUUCUGAUCAAUACGUUCUCGUUCACAAGCUCGUUCUGGAAGCCAUCUUGUUUGAAGACAGAGAUUUAUCUUCUGAUGAAGCAAAAGCUAAAUUGCAAAAGAUAAAGACUCCUGAUGGCGAAGCUUCAUUGAAGAAAGAAUUUGAAGAUUUAAACCGAAUUGGACCAAUGAAGGACUCAAAACUUCGCGGGCUCCAAGGAAAAAAUGAGAAGAUGAACAGAUCAAAGAAGUCUGUACCAUAUGAUUACACACUGGUAAGCAUAUUUAUGCAACAAGAUGAAGAUGAGAAUCCUUAUAUGAAUGCUUCAUGGGUAGAGAGUUAUGACGAGUCAAGUCCAAUGAUCGCAUCUCAAGGUCCAACUUCGUCAAACAUUGAUUUAUUCUGGAGAUCGGUUCUAGAUAACAACGUUAAUACAAUCGUUAUGUUGACAAAACUCAAAGAAGGAAAAGAAGAACAAUGUGCUCAGUAUUGGCCUGCAAAUGUUGGCGAGGUUAUGAAAUGGGAGGACUUAUCUGUAACUAGAGUUGGUGACCAGGCAGACGGUUUCAUAACAGAAAGAAAACUUCGGGUGGACAGGGGACCUCAAUCGAAAACUGUGACUCAGUUUCAUUACACGGUAUGGAAAUCAACAAGUUGCCCUGAAGAUGGAAGAGAAAUAAUUGAUCUUGUUAAUAAGAUGCAGAAAAACAUUCGAUCAGCUGGGAAUGGAGUUACUCUCGUUCAUUGCAGUGACGGGAUCGGCAGGACUGGUGUAUUCUGUGCAACGGUGAAUCUGAUAGAUCGAUUGAAAUGUGAGAAUCGAGUUGAUGUUUUCAGAACUGUGAAAGAUCUCAGAGAUGGAAGACCAAAUAUGGUGGAAAAUUUAGAUCAAUACAAGUUCUGCUAUCAAGCAAUCGUCGAGUAUCUGAGAUCAUUUGAUUUGUAUUCCAACUUUUAA